AUGACUGCAGCUGAAGACAAGAGCUGGCUUGUAGGGCCAGCUCUCAUCAACUUUACCCUGGUGUUUGUCUCGCUUGGAGUGUUCGUCUUCGGCUUUGAACAAGGGUUGAUGCUGUCGCUCCUUACUAAUGAAUACUUCCGUUCGUACUACCGGCAUCCGACGCCGGCCCAGAUCGGUACCAUGAUCGCCAUUCUCGAGAUUGGUGCUCUCUUUAGCUCAAUCUUUGCUGGCAGAGUUGGUGACAAAAUUGGUCGUCGUCGGACCAUCCGCUAUGGACUGGCAAUCUUUGUCAUAGGUGGGCUCAUUCAGACUACCAGUGUCAACAUUUGGAAUCUUUCCCUUGGUCGGUUGAUCCUGGGUAUUGCCAUUGGGUUCUUGACCACCAUCAUUCCAUGCUAUCAGCUGGAGAUCAGUCCACCCGAUCAUCGUGGGUUUUAUGCAUGCCUUGAGUUCACUGGCAAUAUUAUCGGGUAUUCACUGCUGAUCUGGACUGACUAUGGGUUUCUGUUCUUAGAAAGUAAUUACCUGUGGCGUAUUCCGUUGUUCGUCCAGUGUAUUUUUGGAUUCCUUUUAUGGAUCGGGUCAUUCAUCAUUGUCGAAACACCGAGAUGGUUACUUGACCAUGACCAUAACGAGGAAGGCUAUAUCGUUAUAUCUGAUCUUUACGCCGAUGGUGAUUUGGAAAGCGACGAAGCUGUUUCGAUUUACCGUGAUAUUAAGGAGCUGAUUUUGAUCAAUCGCAUUGAUGGCGGUGAGCGUUCAUACAGCUACUUGUUCAAACGAUACCGCAAGCGUCUCUCAGUGGCAUGCUUUGCUCAGAUGUUUGCUCAGCUCAAUGGUAUCAACAUCAUUUCAUACUACGCCCCCUACAUCUUCGAACUGGCUGGUUGGGUCGGUCGUCUGGCUAUUCUUAUGACCGGGAUCAACUCGCUUGUAUACAUUGCCUCCACCAUUCCUCCUUGGUAUCUUGUCGAUACGUGGGGUCGAAAGCCACUUUUGGAACUGGGGGCGAUAUUGAUGGGUACACCGUUGCUUGUGAUUGCGUUGUCGCUUCGUUCCAAUAACAGAUACACACCAAUGACCGUGGUGUUUUCUGUAAUCACUUGCAACGCGGCAUUUGGUUACUCUUGGGGGCCUAUCCCUUGGUUAAUGCUGGAGGUGUUUCCUAAUCUGGUCAGACUGAAGGGUGCAGCGAUGUCUACGGCAACUAAUUGGUUGUGUAAUUUCAUUGUUGGUGAAAUGACACCGAUUCUUCUUGACGUCAUCAAAUGGAAGACCUACUUGAUCCCUGCGUCCUCUUGUUUCUUAUCAUUCUUCGCUGUGCGCUACUUAUUUCCAGAAACUAAGGGUAUCACUCUUGAAGACAUGGGGCUGGUAUUCGACGACUCAUCCUCAGUGUUCAGUUUCCAUCUGGGGUAUAAUCUGAAUCGAGACGAACGCGAAAGACUGUUGCUGAUUGACGAAAGAGAUCCUCCGAGACCAGUGCCUUAUGCUCAAGUUGCUCGUGAUCCCAGGCUGCAAGCUAACACAAUCCAAGAGAAUUUGAUUACAGGUUUGGUCUUGCCCGAGGCACCAUCCGUGGCCAACAGCGGUUCUCAAGUUCAAGGGAAGGUGAUCAAUCCUACUCAAUCUGAGGUUAGUGCUGACUCUAUUCCACAAGAAAUAGAACCUCCGCUGGCGGACCAAAUCGCCAAGUUCAAACUUGACAGAUUGAAUAAAGGGUUCUUUUCUAGGUUUGGUCAAAAACAAAAGAAGGCUGAUGAAGAGACGCCGUUGUUGCAACGUAAUUAG